ACAGAAACACAGCUCACUUGUUAUGUAGCCGGCUGUGAUGAGAAGUAAAAGCUCGAGUUUUAUGAUCUUUUUACGUUCAGCACAACAAACCAGGCUGUCAUAAAAAGAUGGUGUCGUUUUAGAGCACUUCACAAGGAGAGUCAAUAUAAUCUGAGAGCUGUUUGUAAGUUUACAAAAGCUAAAAAACAGGUUUUCUCUGACACCAUGGCUCAGUGACGUCCUUUUAACAACUCGAUUUUUACUGUCGGAGUGCCAUGGCGCCUCCAAAUGGCUACUCCAUUAACUCGACUGCUCUGGACGAGAGCGAGGACGCUGAACCCCUCAUCCAGAGAGAUGCAGUUCCUCCUCAGUGCUGCUCGGCUCGCCUCAACCUGGCCAUCCUCAUGUUUAUGGGGUUCGCCGUGGUCUACGGUCUGCGGGUCAACCUCAGCGUUGCCAUGGUAGCCAUGGUGAACAUCACUGACCCCAAACCAGCUCAGAACAGCUCCAUAGUCCAUGCCUGUCCGAUGCCACAUGGGAUGGAAAACACCAGCGAGACCUUCCCACAGCCUGACGGGAUCCCUCAGUACCCGUGGGACGCAGAGACUCAGGGUUGGCUGCUCGGAGCUUUCUUUUUUGGGUACCUGUGCACACAGGUCCCAGGAGGUUACCUGUCCGGUCACUAUGGGGGGAGCCUCUUUAUGGGUUUAGGAGUGCUGGGCACCGCUGUCCUCACCCUGCUCACCCCUCUGGCUGCUGAACUGGGGAUCUACUGGCUGUUUGCUCUCAGAGCUCUGGAGGGCUUCGGAGAGGGUGUGACAUUCCCAGCGAUGAUGGCGAUGUGGGCUCGCUGGGCCCCCCCUCUGGAGCGCUCUCGCCUCAUGACCCUGUCAGGAUCUGGAGCGAACUUUGGGGCCUUCGUGUCUCUGCCGCUCACUGGCUUCAUCUGCCAGAGUUUAGGCUGGCCGGCUGUCUUCUACUUCUGUGGCGGUGCUGGUUGUCUGUGGGCGCUCUUUUGGUUUAUUUUUGUUGCAGAUGACCCUCGAACGCAUCGCCGAAUCAGCAAAGAAGAGAGGGAUUACAUCAUAAACUCCAUUGGACCUCAGGGUACAGGUCACGGCUGGGCCGUGCCUCUGCUGCCUAUGCUGCUGUCAGUCCCUCUGUGGGCAAUCAUCAUCACCCAGAUGUGCGCAAACUGGUCAUACUACACACUGCUCACCUCCCUGCCUACUUACAUGAACAACAUCCUGCACUUUGACCUCAAAUCGAAUGGUUUCCUGUCCGCUCUGCCGUACCUCGGUGCCUGGUUGGCCGCCACGACAUCUGGUGUCGUAGCGGACAGCCUCAUUGAGAGGGAGGUGUUCAGUGUCACCACCGUACGAAAGAUUUUCACACUCACAGGCCUGCUGCCUGGUGCAGCUUUCCUCAUCGCCGUGGGUUACGCUGGCUGCAGCCACAUCCUCACUGUCACCUUCCUCACUCUCUCCACAACCAUCGGAGGAACCAGUGCCUGCGGAGUCUACAUCAACCAGAUUGACAUCGCUCCUCGGUAUGCAGGGUUCCUUCUAGGGAUCACAAACACAUUUGGUACAAUUCCUGGAGUUUUAGCACCCAUCGCCACAGGAUACUUCACUGAGGAUCACACGCUGGCAGGCUGGAGGAAGGUGUUCUGGGUCGCUGCUGGGAUCAACAUCUUUGGGGCUGCCGUCUACACGCUGCUCAGCAGCGGGAAGAUUCAGCCGUGGGCCGUUACAGAAGAGGAGGCAGCAGAGGUGGAGAAAAACAGGAGCACAUCUAUCAUUGCAUAAAACAGAAACAAAUAUAAGAUAAAAAAAAGUGGAUAAUGCACAGCAAAAAGACGUUUUAGAGACUUAGAAGUCCCUUAAAUGAUGUAUAUAGACAUAUUAUAGGAAUAUAAACAAAUACGUACUGUCAUUGAACCAUGAUUGUUAAAUCAAUGAACAAUCAAAUUUUUGCAGUUUUGCAGAGUUUUUAUCAAAUUGUCCAUGCUGCUGGGCAGUUUUCUACUCCUGUUAAAAGUAUCUUAACGUCUUUUUAUAUUAGUUUCAGCACUAAGCAGUUUGAUACAUCAGAAUCUCAUUUUUAAAAUAGGAAAGUGUAAUAAAGCAGAGUGUUAGGAAAUAAGAACAUGUCGAUGUUAUAAAAACAUCAAAGACAGAUAGAACAUUUGCACAUAUUUUCAAAAACAUGGAUGAAGAUCUGCUGGAAACUCACCUCUUGUAUCGAUAUUGAAAUGUGUUUACUGUUUCUAAACAUGAGUGAAGCUCAGUAGUCACUACAUCUGUAGUAAGAUUUAGAUUGCAACUAGUGAAACUGCAUUUUUACAGAGAUAGACUAUGCAGUCAACACAUUAAAGACCAAAACUUUUUCUUCCUUUUUGUUAACAUUUUGACAUUUUUAUGCAACUGUUGACAGGGUUGGACUUAUUUUUAUUGAUUUUUUAUGAAACAAACCACAACUUUAACAGCUGUUGUCUAACCACUAUUAGACUGUCCUGUGGGACAAAUAGGAGCACUUUCUUCACAUAGAAGUACAUCAAAAGACCUUAUGUCUGAUAAUGGUGCUUGUAUUGUGCAAAAGUACUUUCUCUAGGAAAUAUUUUUCUCCUUUUUUGGAUAAGCUACAGUUUUCAAUAUUCAUUCAGAAGACCAAAGCAUUUUCACCUGCUAGCGAUUAAAGACUUCAUCGUAAAAGUGGUAGAAUUUACAACUUCCUUUAAUAUUUCUGGGAUCAAUGUGGGUUUACAGAGAUUUAACUGUUUCACUGUUUUAUAAGAAUACUGUCUGUUUUUAAACUUUUUUGACUGCAGUUGUUUUUGUAAACUAUAAGAAACUUUAAAAUAUCUUGCACAUUCUCUCAUCUCAUGUCAAAGUGCACUGUGAUUGUAAACUUGAGAAGUUUUUAAACAGAUGCAGUAAUUUAUCUACUUUCUAUGUGCUUUGAGAAUGUGAGAUAUUGAACAAAUGUGUACAAUAUGAGUGUAUUACUUUGUAUUUCUGUUGUGAAAAGAAUCAUGUUUGUUAAACUGUGAUUAGAA